AUGCCUCUGUCGUGCCGCUCCCGCGCUGCCGAUAUAUCGUGGUUCAAAGAGAGAGGUACACAUACGAGUACAAGUCAUCGUGUCACACAAAGUGCCAAUGGUACAGUAGAGAGCGCGGCGGCCUUGUACGGUACAGGCAGUGCCCGAUGGUCGCGGCUGUCCUCGUACACUGCAUCACGGGCCUGGCGAUUCAUGCCUCUCGCUGCAAGCUCAUCUGUGCGAGGCUUCUUCUGGGAUAUUCGUGGUCUGUGCACCGUCUCUUGGUGGUGUGCUGCAAAUUGGGUGGCGCCGGACCCUGUUGCCAGCAAGGGUCCACACGCUCUUCCCUUUCUCACCGUGGAAGGCAAAUGCAAGUACGAGUACGGGUGCAGUGCAGCGAGAAGGAAGGAUGCAGCCCAAUGGCGUCUUGAGCAAAAGAAGGAGCGCCUAAGAAAGAGGCUGGUAGCAGCAAGCUUGAAGCUGCUUGGAAGGUUGCUCUGUAGGGCAGGCAAAGGUAGGAGUGACUCCAUCCCUGGUGGCUCGCGGCACUCCAUCUUGCGUACCUGUACCCGGCCUGUACCUGCGCCUGUAGCCGUGCUAACUUUUUUACCUAUCGUCAGGUCGCCGUUCGAACGCUAUCGUGGUAUUAACCGCAAAACUGAAGCUCCUGAGCCCUCUCUCUCAAAGAGACUUUCGCACCGUACGGAGCACAUGGUCGGGCCGGAGACUAUAUCAUUAACCCCACGCUACGAGUCCGGUCCAAGCCCCGACAGCUACUGUGCUCCGAGGCUGGCUGCAUGUUGUCGACACGGCUCGCCGUCGAAAGCUCUGCAGCUCCAUGCAUGGGCAUCUGCUGCUGGGCCUGGGAUUGGCAUGUGCGGCACCAAGUACUGGUACCAGUAUUCUGUACCGUUGUUAUCGCCGACUCAUUUGCAAGGGGACGAGGACGGGAGCAACGGAGAGUGUCCGGUCGGCCAGUCUCGCUUGGCCCAACAAUCUGCAACCCGGGGAACAAGAGGAUAA